GAAACGCUUACGGAUAAACACACUUGAGUCACAGUCAUAACUAAAGUAAAUUGUAAGUGCAAGAUAAAGUUUUGUACAUGUUAAAAAAAGUAUGAUUAAUUUAAAAUUUCUUAUUUUUUCUGUGUUGUGCCUUAGUGUCAUAGUUGCUGGGACUUCGAAUGACAGUUUGUGCUCUAAUGACAUUUAUGAUAAAAAAUGUUUGUGUAAAAAGUUUACCAAUGAGGUGACACACCUUCCAACAUCGCAAGCUAAUUGUAAUGGGUUGGGCCUUACUCAGUUUCCCAGUUUUUCUCAAUUACCAGAAGAUAUAACUUCACUUGAUUUAUCAAUGAACGGCAUAAGCGUUCUGGAAUAUUCCAAUGCAUCCUUAAGUGGCACUUUACAGAAGCUCGUUCUCUCUUACAAUGAAAUUUGUGAUAUCAACGAUGACUUUUUUGAGGGUUUUUCAAAACUGAGGUACUUGGAUCUUAGUAAUAAUAAUUUAACAGCAAUAACUAAUGCACAUAUUUUUUUUAAAUUGAAAGACCUCAGUUAUUUAGACUUAAGCUAUAAUAAAUUUAAAGAAUUACCAAGUAAGAUCUUUGAGAGCUUAAUUAACUUGAAAAGGCUUAGUUUAAGCUAUAACCCUCUAGGAUCUUUUUUGAGCUCCAAAGCUGUUUUAUCUGAAGUAUUGGGCAUUUCUUCCAAUUUAUCGCAACUUAAUCUUAAUAAUAUGGGAUUAACGGAACUACAUCCAGACUAUUUUGGGACGUUUAAAAUACUGAAGCACAUUGAACUUCAAGACAAUGCAUUUAAUACAAUACCUAGUUUACCAUAUUCCAUGGAAUAUUUGGAUUUUUCUGGCAAUAAUUUGAGUUACAUAUCAGCAAAGUAUUUAAAUUAUCAUUCCCUAAAAACACUGAGAUUAAGCAGAAUGCCUAGUUUGGUUUCGGUACACCAUUACGCCUUUUACAAUUUACAGAGUUUGGAAACUUUAGUAUUAACAGACUGCCCCAACCUAAAUGAAUUUACUGAACUCGCUUUUGGACUGGCUUCAAAAACUAUGGAUAUUCAUCCAAAAACAUUAAACUUGGCGCGAAAUGGCCUUAGUGCAUUAAACUUCAGUUAUGCUCACAUGUUUAGGAAGAUGCAGCAUAUUGAUUUGAGGCAUAAUCCAUGGGAUUGUUCCUGUGACUUACUUUGGAUGCAAGAGUUCGGUGCUGAAUUUUUUAAAGGCGAAGAAAUAAGGUGUGCAACGCCUCAACAUCUAAGACGAAAAAGCUUGUUAAAAAUUACGCAUUUGGACGUGCCGGACUGUUUUCCAGAAAUAUAUGGCAAAAUGUCGCAUCGCAUCACUAUUGUAAUUUUGAUGACUACGGUCAUUUUUCUUAUAGGUUUGAUAUUCUACCUCAUAAGAUAUCCCAAAAGCUGGAUUAGUCCAGAACGCAUUGGUUUGGGCCCCAAUUCACCUUACAGUCCUGCUCCGCAAGACUCUAGCGUCUAAAAAAAAAUUAUUGUAACAAUUAUGACAGCUUAUUUAUGUGUUAAGUAUUUUUUUAUAUAUUUAUCAUUAUAUUAUGUAUUUAGUAA